AUGGCGGGUGGAAUAAUGAAGAAAUUGCCUGAAGAUAUAAUUGUUUAUGUACUUUCAAGAUUUCCUGUUAAAUCGCUUAUGCGAUUAAAAAGCAUCUCUAAAUCAUGGUACAUUCUUAUAGAUUCGUCCAGUUUCACGCAUUUACAUCUUAAUCAUAUAAAUAAUGAAUUCAUUCUACUUACGUGCUCUGUCUACGAAGAGGAGUAUGAAAAAUUUAAAACUGACAUGUCGUUUCUCUCCAAUGAUAGUAAUGAUAAUCUUAACCCUUUUAAUCAAGAUUUUCAAGAUUGUGAUGUGUCAGAGCUAACUGCUGCUUUUAGUAGUAAUUUUGAUGAAUUUAUUGGUCCUAGCCAUGGUUUGAUUGCCUUGGUGGGUUCGAUUGACACGGUCAUAUUUAAUCCAACUACUAGACAUUAUAGGGUUCUCCCUCCCAGUCCUUUUGAUUGUCCAGAAGGUUUUUAUCAUGACAUUAAUGGCUUGGGAUUUGGCUUUGACCCAAUGUUGAAUGACUAUAAAGUUGUUAGAAUUUCAAAGGUUUACACGGAUCCUUACAAAUAUUCAUAUCAUAGUAUUAGGGAGAAAAAAGUCGAGGUGUAUGAUAUGUGGGUAGAUUCGUGGAGAGAAUUAGAUAUUUUGGAUCAACAGUUACCUGGUAUCUAUUGGUUACCGUGUUCCCAGAAGUUUUACAAGGGUUCCUGUCAUUGGUUUACAAAUACUACAGAUGAUAAUAGCGUUGCAGUUUUUUGUUUCGAUAUAACAACAGAGACUUUUCGCAUUAUGAAUAUGCCGGAUUGUUGUCACUUCUUUUAUGGACCACGUUAUGGGCUCGUAAUCUUAAUUGAAUGUCUUACAUUAAUUUGCUACCACGACAGAGAACCACAAGUUGAUCCAUCAGAAGAUAUGAUAGAUAUUUGGAUAAUGAAGGAAUAUGGUGUAUCUGAGUCCUGGAUUAAGAAAUACACAAUUCAACCUCUCCCAAUUGAAUAUCCGUUAGCAGGUUGGAAAGACUAUUUGUUGUAUUUUCAAAGCACACGUGGUCUUCUGAUUUCUUAUAAUCUUCAUUCCGAUGAGGUCAAGGAAUUAAUUUUACAUGGUUUUUCUGGAACUUUGAGAGUUGUAGUUUACACGGAAAGCUUGAUCCAAAUUCCAAGAGGAAGAGAUCAUAGUAGACAAGUUAAACAUUUUCAUAGAACGUAUAACUCUUCUACUGUGACUUGA